AUAGGAUAAUAUAUUUUUGACACAAAUAACACACCAUAAUUUACUGGUUAUAAUUUUUGUCCUAUAGCUCCUAGUGGUCCUCCAAAUAAUGUGAGAGGGUUUAUAUUAAAUGCUACUAGUAUCAAAGUGAACUGGACCACUUCAUCAGAGACUAAUGGAUAUGUGAUUGAGUAUACUACUGGAGGUGUAACCAGGAAUGUAGUAUCUACCAGUGAAGAUGAAAUUGUACUAACAGAUCUCUCACCAAUGAGUACCUAUACCAUCAGUGUGUACUCAUAUAUAGAUCUUCCUUCAAUUAAUUAUAUGACACUUUUGAUACUGCAAAGAUAUAGUGAAGUGACAAUUUUUUCUACUCCAUCAGUUUCAUCAAUCCACAGUGAUAGUAAUAUUGUUCUUGGUGUGUCAGUAGGUGUAUUGUUGAUUCUGCUAACUGUCAGUGUUAGUUUUAAUAUCUACUGCUUUAUAAGAAAUAAAGGUUGUUUUGCUACAGGUGCUACUAUUAAAGAUCCAAAUCGAGCUGAUAAAGAUAUUGCCAAUGCAAGUAUGUGAACCAUAUCAAAUUCACAAGACUAAACUCAAAGAAGAAAAUGAAGCAGUGUAUGAUGAAUGUCAUGCAUCACCUGAUGCUACUGGCACAUAUUAUGAACUCUGAUGAUGUACUGAAUAUUGAAUGGUUUUUUGAACAAAUAUUAGACUAGGUAUAGCUAGAACUAUAAUUAUUGUAAUUUAGUUGUGUUCAAUAAAUGCAAUUGUAGUCAAAUCA